ACAAGACUUUUCAUCUCAAAUUUCAGGAAUAAAACUAUAUCUUAUAAAGAUGGCUGAAAAGAGUGCUCUGGCUGCAGCAAACCUUCCAAUUAUUUGGAUUUUAGGAGGACCAGGUUGUGGAAAAGGAACCCAAUGUGAGCAAAUUGUUUCUAAAUACAACUACAGCCAUCUUUCUACAGGAAGAGGUGGUUGGAUUGCUGGCUGAAGCUAUGAUGACAAGACUGAACAAAACGAAAGGAUUUCUUAUUGAUGGAUUUCCAGCGGGAUUAGAGCAGGCGAAGAUGUUUGAAGAUAGAAUCGGUUCUCCGACCAAAAUUCUGGUAUUUGAAGCUAAUGAAGAAGUCCUCAAGUGUCGGCUAAAGGAACGCGGUAAUUUUGACGACAAAGAGGAAUCCAUUUUGAAACGUAUUCAGCUGUUUACAGAGAAGACAAAACCAGUUAUUGAUGCAUACAGCAAGUCUCUAACCAAGAUAAACAGUGAGAGAAGUGUAGGAGAUAUAUUUGCAGAUGUUUGUAAAAAUCUAGAAUCUUAAUGAAAACUAACGAUUUUCAUAAAUAAAAUGUAAGCAAAACAUUUUUGUAAAAUAAAUAUGUUAAAGUGAAUCAAUAAAAUUAUCAUAUUU